AUGGCAAUUUUUGCUCCACACAUCCAUGGCUUGCUCAUAUCCUCGGUCACGGCCAACGGUGGCGAUACCAAUCGCAUUAAACUCUGGUCCAACAUCCUGUCCUUCAGCUUGUCAAAGAAGGAAGCAAACCUUUUUCGAGCUUAUCAAAACCUGAACCCCAUUGAGAUCGAUCCAAAUAACCUGGCGGGAUCAAUCCUUAAGUAUUGUGACACUAUAGCCAAACUGAAAUCACUUGACCAGUCUCCAGACAAGCAUCAAACAGCCCACAUGAUUCUCAAGAAGAUCCCCUCUUCGCUCAGCUCAAUCCAGGACGCCAUCAUCAGCACUGGACAGUCCUCUACUGUUGUCACCUACAAUCUUGUCCUCGAUAUGCUUGACAACAAGGCCAAAACACUUUCUUGGCCUCAACCUCGCCCUCAAGUCAAGUUCAAGAAUAAUACUGAAUCCAAUGCCGCCUCCGCCUUGCUCACCUAUCAAUGCUCCGAUGGCAAGCACAAUCCGGCUGCCAAGCAUUCCAAAGUGCAAUGCUUUGCCCAAGCAUCCAAAGAAGCUCGAGGAAUAUUGUAA